CGCGCGGGAGGCGGGGCGGGGCCGGGAGACGCCGCCGCCAUUUUGUGAGCAGCGCGCGGCGGACGGGGCAGGCGGGUCGCGAUGGUGAAGCUGUUCAUCGGGAACCUGCCGCGGGAGGCGACGGAGCAGGAGAUCCGCUCCCUGUUCGAGCAGUACGGGAAGGUGCUGGAGUGCGACAUCAUCAAGAACUACGGCUUCGUGCACAUCGAGGACAAGACGGCGGCCGAGGACGCCAUCCGCAACCUGCACCACCACAAGCUGCACGGCGUCUGCAUCAAUGUGGAGGCCAGCAAGAACAAGAGCAAAGCCUCCACCAAGCUGCACGUGGGCAACAUCAGCCCCACCUGCACCAACCUAGAGCUGCGCGCCAAAUUCGAGGAGUACGGCCCGGUCAUCGAAUGUGACAUCGUCAAGGACUACGCCUUCGUGCACAUGGAGCGGGCCGAGGAUGCCGUGGAGGCCAUCCGGGGGCUGGACAACACCGAGUUCCAAGGCAAGCGGAUGCGCGUGCAGCUGUCCACCAGCCGGCUGCGGACGGCGCCCGGGAUGGGAGACAAGAGCGGCUGCUACCGCUGCGGGAAGGAGGGGCACUGGUCUAAGGAGUGCCCGGUCGAUCGCCCGGGGCAAGUGGCGGACUUUGCCGAGGCCUAUAACGAGCAGUACGGAGCCGUGCGCACUCCCUACACCGCGGGCUAUGGGGAGACCGUGUAUUACGAUGAGGCCUACGGCGGGAUGGCCGACUACUACAAGCGCUACCGCGUCCGCUCCUACGCCACGGCCUCGGCGUACGACGCCUACGCGGAGCAGACCAUGGCCCAGUACUCCCAGUACGCCCAGUACUCCCAGGUCCAGUCCUCGGCCAUGGCCGCCACCACGGCCAUGGCCGGCCGCAUCCCCACCACCUUAGACGCGUACGACCGAGCGCUGCUGCCCACCCCGGGCGCGGCGGCCGCCGUCGCCGCCGCUGCCGCCACCGCCGCGGCCGCCGCCGCGUCCUCCACGUAUUACACCCGGGACAGGAGCCCCCUGCGCCGCACGGCCGCCGCGGCCAGCACCGUCGGAGAGGCGUACACGUACGAGCGUGGGCAGCUGUCGCCCGUCUCCUCGGUGGCCCGGGCGUCCCUCUACGACAUGCAGCGCUUCGGGCGGGACCCGUACGCGGACCGGGCGCGAUACUCCGCCUUUUGAGCCGGAGGUAAGAUUUGUGCGGCUGGACGUCGGGGUCCCGUCGCACACCGACUCGGCGCCGCGCGUCUCGGGCCGCGCCGGGUGCCGCCGCCGCCGCGUGCCGCUCCCGGGCCCGUUCCUUACGGACGCGCGGCUUGUCCUCAGCCCGGGCAGGAUUAGCUCAGCCCCUCACCCCCAGCUUCCCCCGCCCCCCUGGGCAGGAUUUUGCUUUUCCAGGUAGUUUUGGGUCCCCACCCCAGGCUCAGGUGUGAGCGUGCAGCUGCAGCCGUCCCCCAGCGCCAGCUUUGCUUUGCUUCGCCGCCCCCUCGCUCCCCCGGAGCUCUUCCCAAGUCGUCGUUUUGCCUUUUUUUUUUUUUCCUUUAUUUUUUAAGAGGGUGGAUAAUCCAGUGGUAGGUUUUUAGCCCAACGCCGUAGCUGAUCGGAGGCCGCCGCGCCGGCGGGGGUGGAACCCCCCGAGUGAUUUAGAGUCCCCCGACCCCACUUUCCGGUAAAAUAAAACUCAAAAUUUUUCACAAA